AUGUUUUUAGCUUUGAAUUUGUAUAUAUUUAUUGCACUGUCGCGUGUGAAGGUCAUUGUGGGCCUGAGAAGGCCCUGCUUCAUAAAUCCUACAACCGGCAGCCACAGCUACAGUUUUCACAACAGGUUGCAGAAUUCCAAGUCAAAUAAAUGUAAGAAUCAUUUAGCAGGUCUCAAAACCUCUGAGGAAUACAGGGAUUCCAAGCAUUUUGCCCUUACAAAGGUCGAUAAGCAGGAGCCUACACAGGACACAAACUUGCUGGAUUUUCUGUCGCUAUCCCAAUAUUUGGACAGGAGAUUCUUAUUUUCGGAAGACCUUUCCCGUUUAUCGAGGGACGAGUUAAUUGACAGGCAGAUAGAGCAUAGGAGGAUCUCCAACGAGUCUCUUAGGAAUAUUAAAAUGGGCAUCGCAAUAGUGUUAUCGGCUUUCGCAGUUGGCGUUCUAUACAAAUUUUCAUGGUUUUUGAAGGACUUCAUUGAGCAACAGGCUCAAAACUUGGCGAGUCCAGAUCAGUGA